AUGAACAGCACAUGUAUUGAAGAACAGCAUGACCUGGACCACUAUCUGUUUCCAAUUGUUUACAUCUUUGUGGUUAUAAUCAGCAUUCCAGCCAAUAUUGGAUCUCUAUGUGUGUCUUUUCUGCAGGCAAAGAAGGACAAUGAACUAGGAAUUUACCUUUUCAGUUUAUCACUCUCAGAUUUGCUGUAUGCGUUAACUCUCCCUCUAUGGAUUAAUUACACUUGGAACAAAGACAACUGGACUCUGUCCUCCACUUUGUGCAAGGGGAGCGCCUACUUGAUGUACAUGAACUUUUACAGCAGCACAGGUUUCCUCACCUGCAUCUCUCUCGAUCGAUAUUUAGCAGUUGUCUACCCACUGAAGUUUUCUUAUCUGAGGACAAGGAGAUUUGCAUUCAUGGUCAGCCUCAUCAUUUGGGUUUUGGAAUCAAUCUUCAAUGCAGUCAUGUUGUGGGAAGAGGAAAUCACAGUUGAAUAUUGUGAUGUCAGAAAGUCUAAUUUUACUUUGUGCUAUGACAAAUACCCUUUGGAGAAAUGGCAAAUUAGUCUCAACUUGUUCAGGACGUGUGCCUGCUAUGCAAUCCCUUUGGUCAUCAUCCUGUUUUGCAACCAGAAGGUCUACAAAGCCGUGCAGCACAAUAAAGCCACAGAAGAAAGCGAAAAGAAGAGAAUAAUAAAACUGCUGGUGGGCAUCACGCUGACUUUUGUCUUGUGCUUUACUCCCUUCCAUGUGAUGCUGCUGAUCCGCAGCAUGCUAGAGGGUGACGUGAACUUUGUCAAGUCUGGGAAGCACACUUACAAAAUAUAUAGAAUCACGGUCGCAUUAACAAGUUUAAAUUGUAUUGCUGAUCCAAUUCUGUACUGUUUUGUAACUGAAACUGGGAGGUCUGAUAUGUGGAAUGUAUUAAAAUUCUGCACUGGGAAGUUUAAUAAAGCACAAAGACAAAGAAAAAGUAUACUUACCAUGUCUACAAAAGAUACUGUGGAGUUAGAGGUCCUGGAAUAG